UUACACACACGUAUACACGCACGCCGAGCACGGGCAGCGGGCGGCCGCAGACGGACACUUCGGACCCGCGCGGGACAUGAGCGCAGCCGUCGGCGAGCCGCGGAGCAUCGCGAGCGGACGGCCGAUGUCUCUGGACCCCGCAGUACAGACCAUGGGGUGAAGGGAACUGUUCUGUGGUGACUUCCAUGCACUACCAGGGAUGGCCACAACAUCACCUCCAACAUCACAUUUGUUGGACGUCAUUUUGAACACGGAGCCAGCCCCACAGCCCCCGUCCCUGGCCUCGGUGGAGAAGAUUGUCCUCACCAUCUUCCUCUCCAUCAUCAUCCUCAUGACCGUGUUCGGAAACCUUCUCGUCAUGGUCGCUCUCUGUAAGGAUAGGCACCUACGGAAGAAGAAGACCAACUACUUCAUCGUGUCACUGGCGUUCGCUGACCUGCUGGUGGCGCUGGUGGUCAUGCCCUUCGCCGCCAUCGAGCUGACCACGGGCCAGUGGUUCUACGGGGAGAUCUUCUGCCUCAUCCGCACCUCCCUGGACGUCCUGCUCACCACCGCCUCCAUCCUGCACCUCUGCUGCAUCGCCCUGGACAGAUACUAUGCUAUCUGCUGCCAGCCGCUGGUGUACAGACACAAGAUGACCCCGGUGCGGGUGGCGGUGAUGCUGGGCGGCUGCUGGAUCAUCCCCUCCUUCAUCUCCUUCCUGCCAAUCAUGCAGAGCUGGAACGCCAUUGGGAUCGAGGACAUCAUCGAGGAGCGGCGCAGUGUGGCGUCCAACGACACCAGCUGUGUGUUCCUGGUGAACCGGCCCUACGCCCUGGUCUGCUCCACCGUGGCCUUCUACGUCCCACUGGCACUCAUGCUGCUCGCCUACCAGCGCAUCUACGUCACCGCCAUGAGCCACGCCCGCCAGAUCGAGACACUGCAGCGCGCCGGCUCUACGUCCUCCGCCUCGCCCAACGACAAGCUCCACACGUCCAGCAGCCGCAUGCGCGUGGAGACCAAGGCGGCCAAGACGCUGGCCGUCAUCAUGGGGUGCUUCUGCCUGUGCUGGGCACCCUUCUUCAUCACCAACGUGGUGGACCCCUUCAUCCAGUACUCUGUGCCCUGGCAGCUGUGGACCGCCUGGCUGUGGCUGGGCUACAUCAACUCGGGCCUCAACCCCUUCCUGUACGCCUUCCUGAACCGCGCCUUCCGCCGGGCCUUCCUGGUGAUCCUGUGCUGUGGGGACCAGCGCUACGCGCGGCAGGGCAGCUACUCCCACGCAUACAGUCUCAGGCCCUGCACCUCUGCCAACGGGACCUCUGUGGCCCUCAGACUUUCCUUCCUACCGAACCGUAGUUACAGUGACAACGGACGCCGGAUCCUCACCAGCGAACCGGAGUCCCAGGAUUCGUUGGGGCCACUAUGAGGUCGUAUCCGCGGCAAUGCACAUGAUGUAACAUGCCGCCACACGCCAUCCGACAGAAUCGUGAUGCAGUACAACAUGGUGGCUGUAGGGUUGUGUGUGUGCGCCAGGGAUCAUUCCUUGGUACUCAAGGGCUCAGCUGGAAAACAAAUAUCGGGCACAACAACAAGCACAACAAAAAAUCGAGCGCUAUGGAGCGGUUCAGCUCUGUACUCAAAACUCAAAGCUAAACCUGUACCCACGUUCCGCUGCUGCUCCUACCUCACCUGGACAACACCUGAUGCAUCACCUACACAACAGGUCUCCUUAUGACAUCUCCUACACAACAGGUGUCCUGAUGACAUGAACUACACAACAGGUGUCCUGAUGACAUCACCUGGGCAACAGGUGUCCUGAUGACAUCACCUGGGCAACAGGUGUCUUGAUGACCUCACCUACACAACAGGUGUCCUGAUUAUCUCUCCUCGACGACAGUUGUUAUGACUAUGGCUGCAUCUUUUCGGUCCAGUGACAUCAUCCGUUGCUGCAGCCAAUCGCUGGUUAGUUCUUGACCUCAGACGGACAUUGAGCAUGGUUCGUUGGGACCAACAGAACCAGGAUUAUCUUCCAAAGAUGAGGGUCAGGGAUCAAACAUGCAGGGAAGGACCUGUUGAUGCCCUUGGGGGUCUGGUGGUAGUGGGGUCCACCGUUGGUAGCUGGCAUCUGCUCUGCAAAACAAACACAUCUCAACUAAAGCCAUGGGGCUUACUGUCUAGACUUCUGUCUGACUGUAGGAACACGUUGGGGUUCAGCUACACACUGUGCUGCCUUUUCCAACUCUCCUAGUCCCUUUCACUCUCUCCUCUUGACGUUGGCGAUUGAACGGAUGACAUUAGACAAGGGUUAAAAGACUGAAAUGGCCUGGAAGAGAAGAGGAGAGGGGAGGGGAAUGGAGGGGAGGGGAGAGGAGAUGAGGAGAGAGGUAAUGAGAAGAAAGGAGAUGAGGAGAGGACACGAGAGGAGACAAGUACUCUGCAAAGCGAGGGCUUGAAUCUGCUGGUCUUUGUCAACAUUCCAUGAGAUGUGAGCUCAAUGUGGGCCGUCCUGUGACUUGGUGCAUGGGUCCCGAGGAAAAUCCCAAGAUAAUGAAACACGAGCAGCUUUCAAAGGUCUUCAUAUCGGCGCAGAGUUUAAGAUUGUUGCCACAACUGGGGAGCAACGUUUGUGUCAUUAUUAUUUUGUUUUAAAGCAUAUCUUCUGUGUCCCUAGAAACACAAAUUAAAUGGGUUCUAUGUGGAUAAGGCACGUAGUCCUUUCUCUCUGAAACCCUGACAGACGGACAGACCAAAAGAAGGACGGACCAAACCCACGUAGGACGCAGGACCCCAUGAGGGUCUGGGAGGGAAUAAAAGUUUGCAUCCAGCGGCUUUUCCAGUUCCAGCUAACGACACGUACACAACGACUAACUGUGGAACCGUUAAUUUAUGUACUUACCAUGUUAAAAGAUGUAUGCCAUGUUUUGAUCAAUCUUUCACCGCAAGGCAGUUGAUACUUUGUGCUAUUCUCAGCUAUUUUAACAGGACGUUUUAAGAAAAUCACAUUUUGCAUUUUGCACUUGUUACUUGUGUGAUGCACAAUUCACACAACUAAACACACCACAGACGGGAUGGAGGAGUGGAAAGUGCAUUCUGUCUGCAAGGUCGACCCAGAUCACAGUAUUCAUGAUGAGGACUGAAAGGUUGAAAUAAACACCAGGCUUAUUUGAAGCGCACAACGUCUACCAGAGAGGUGCCAAAGUCGAUUGUUUAUAUCUGUUGUCGCCGGGGAGGAUGAUUAAAUACAUAUUUGGGUGGAAAUCUGGCAUGUUUGGACCAUUUUAACCCCAGCUUUACAGAGGUUAAAUGUUCAUGUUCAAGAGGUAAACUACUCCCUCCCCUCUCUCUCUCUCUCUCUCUCUCUCUCUCUCUCUCUCUCUCUCUCUCUCUCUCUCUCUCUCUCU